CUGGAACUCGGACCCCUAAAAGUUGCCAACACCUUUUCCCUCCCCCCUACGUUAAUCGGGUUUAAUAUUACUAUCGUACUUCAAAAUAAUGAAUGUAAUAAGAAUCCUAAUAGAUUCAUCCCCUCCAUCGUACUCUUCUUAUUCCUAUUACAUAAAGUGAAGUUACCUACCUAACGUCUAGUAUACUAAACUGGGAAUUUAAUACUUGAAAUCACCAUGUCUUCCCGACCUGAGUUAAAGGUCGACGAUGAACACGGAUUCAUACGAUAUUUUAAAUCAUUACCGUCUGUAGGCGAGGAAACCGUCAGACUAUUCGACCGAGGUGAUUGGUACACCGCCCACGGCGAAGAUGCGAACUUUAUUGCGAGAACCGUUUAUAAAACUACCUCAGUUGUACGACAACUGGGGCGAAACGAUGCUAGUGGUCUUCCAUCUGUCACUAUGACAGUUACCGUUUUCGGACAGUUUCUUCGGGAAGCCCUGUUCAAGCUAGGAAAGCGUAUCGAGAUAUAUGCUAGCAGCGGUGGCCGAAUGAACUGGAAAGUUGUUAAGCAAGCAUCGCCGGGAAACCUGCAGGAUGUAGAAGAGGAGCUUGGUGGCCAGUUUGAGUCUGCCCCUAUGAUAUUAGCUGUUAAGAUCUCAACCAAGGCCACCGAAGCCAGGAGUGUUGGCGUCUGCUUUGCUGAUGCCAGCGUUCGAGAACUCGGAGUCAGCGAGUUUCUUGACAACGACUUAUACUCAAAUUUCGAGGCUCUUCUAAUCCAACUUGGCGUCAAGGAGUGUCUCAUCCAGAUAGACAAGGCCGAGAAGGACAAAGACCCCGAAUUAGCCAAGCUUAAACAGAUUAUCGACAGCUGCGGAGUUGCUAUAGCUGAAAGACCAGCUGGCGAUUUCGGAACGAAAGAUAUCGAGCAGGACCUCGCCCGAUUACUGAAAGAUGAGAGAUCCGCAACUCUUCUCCCGCAGACUGAUCUUAAGUUAGCGAUGGGAUCAGCGGCAGCAUUAAUCAAAUACCUAGCUGUUCUCCAAGACCCGUCCAACUUUGGUCAGUACCAGCUGUACCAACACGACCUAUCUCACUUUAUGAAGCUCGAUGCUGCUGCCCUCAAGGCUCUUAAUCUAAUGCCAGGCGCACGAGAUGGCUCCAAGACGAUGAGUCUGUACGGGUUGCUUAAUCACUGCAAAACACCGGUCGGUAGCCGGUUACUAUCACAAUGGCUGAAGCAGCCCCUAAUGAACAAGGACGAGAUUGAAAAACGUCAGCAAUUGGUUGAGGCUUUUGUUAACGACACGGAGCUACGUCAAACUAUGCAAGAGGAGCAUCUCAAGUCGGUCCCGGAUCUUUACCGUCUAGCAAAGCGCUUCCAAAAAAACAAGGCAAACUUGGAAGACGUCGUCCGAGCGUACCAGGUUGUUAUUCGCUUACCUGGAUUUCUGGGGACACUAGAGGGCGUGAUGGACGAGAAGUACAAAGAUCCACUAGACGAGGCAUAUACUAACAAAUUAAGGGGCCUUUCUGAUAGUCUCGGAAAGCUCGCUGAUAUGGUGGAAACAACUGUGGAUCUUGAUGCCCUCGAUAAUCACGAGUUCAUUAUUAAGCCCGAGUUCGAUGAUAACUUGCGCAUUGUGCGAAGGAAGCUCGACAAACUCAGGUCGAAUAUGGACAGCGAAUUUCGAAAAGCGGCGGACGAUCUGAAUCAAGAAGAAAACAAGAAGAUAUUCCUUGAGAACCAUAAGACUCAUGGUUGGUGCAUGCGCCUAACGAGAACCGAAGCUGGCUGUAUCCGUAAUAAUUCCCAUUACCAAGAAUGCUCGACGCAGAAAAACGGCGUGUACUUCACCACGAAGGCACUACAAUCAUAUCGUCGGGAGUUCGAUCAGCUGUCUCAGACCUACAAUAGGACCCAAAGCGGCCUUGUCAACGAGGUUGUAAGCGUUGCCGCGUCCUACUGUCCCGUGUUGGAGCAACUUGCUGGUGUCUUGGCGCAUCUAGACGUUAUCGUAUCAUUCGCGCACUGCUCGGUCCAUGCCCCUACAUCCUACGUUCGUCCUACCAUCCAUCCUCGUGGGGAGGGGUCUACGAUCCUAAAAGAGGCUCGCCAUCCGUGUAUGGAGAUGCAGGAUGACAUCCAAUUCAUCACGAACGACGUCGAACUCCGCCGCGGCGAAUCUUCUUUCUUGAUCAUCACGGGACCCAACAUGGGCGGUAAAUCAACCUACAUCAGACAGAUUGGCGUCAUCGCGCUCAUGGCGCAGAUCGGAUGCUUUGUUCCGUGCUCUGAGGCCGAACUCACCAUAUUUGAUUCCAUACUCGCGCGUGUUGGCGCUAGCGAUUCUCAGCUCAAGGGCGUCUCGACGUUCAUGGCGGAGAUGCUGGAGACGGCCAACAUCCUCAAGUCAGCGACAGCCGAGUCGCUCAUCAUCAUCGACGAACUGGGUCGCGGCACGUCGACAUACGACGGGUUCGGACUGGCUUGGGCUAUCAGCGAGCACAUCGUCAUGGAGAUCGGCUGCUUCGCCAUGUUCGCGACGCACUUCCACGAGCUAACGGCGCUUGCGGACCAACACCCGCAGGUCCGCAACCUGCACGUCACGGCGCACAUGUCGUUGGCCGGCGGCGGGGAGGGCGUCGACAAGCGCGAGGUGACGCUGCUGUACAAGGUCGAGCCCGGCAUCUGCGACCAGUCCUUCGGCAUACACGUAGCGGAGCUGGUGCGGUUCCCGGACAAGGUGGUGCGCAUGGCGAAGCGCAAGGCCGACGAGCUGGAGGACUUCACGGCCAAGCACGACACGACGCCGCAGAACUACGGCAAGGAGGACGUGGAGGAAGGGAGCGCCAGGCUGAAGGAGAUCCUGGUCCGCUGGAAGGACGAGGUCAAGGGCGGCAGCUUGAACAAGGAGGAGAUGGUAGGUCGCCUGAGGGACCUGGUCAAGAAGGACGAGAAGCUCCUGUCGAACCCGUUCUUCGCUGCGGUUAAGGCUCUGUGAUGUUUGAUAGGAAAGAUACGAAGUAGGAGGAUAGGAGAGGUGGUAUAUAAUAUUAGACUUGUAACUUGUUAUGAAAUAAAAGCAUGACGGUUUAGCGGUUCGGAUAGACACAGGCGCCCGGGAUCGGAUGAGAAUUCAGAUUUGAGGUACCUAUAGAUUGGCCUGUUAGGUAAUUGGUUUUAUUUACUGACAUCGAGGAGUCAGUUUAUUGUGGGAAUUAGUUAGAAGAAUAAUGAAUAAUCGACUAGUUAACAAUUUGGUUGUUCACUUGUGAUUCCAUAUGGGUUCUAUGUAGGUACCUAAUGUAGAAAAGUUAAGAAAGAUUAACCAGUUGAAGAAGUCGUGGUCAGAAGGCUUAAUAUUUCAAAUCGUCAACUCAUCGUAUCUACCUCAACUUAGGUAGGUACCUAAUAUACAAACGGCCGUAGUCUCUCCUACGCGCCUCGGGACGAGAUCGUUCUUAACAAGUUCACAUCUCCUAACCCACAUCAUCCACAUCAUCUAACCGAGGACCUUGUCGGCGAGGGAAACUAAGCCGAA